CCGCGUCUCUGUGGUCCGGGUCGGUGUCUCUAUGGUUGAAGGGAGCGUCUCUGUGGUCAGCAGGGGCGGGGAGGCCGCAGGGCCCUCCCUUCUGCUCCCCCGCCCCCGUGGCCCGGGGGCAGGGCAUUGUGGGAUAAGGGUGGAACCGGCAGGCCCUGACAGCUCAGUACGCGCCCUACGGGGUAGUAGCCAGCAUAGGGUGAGAGCCCGGGGCCCUCCUGCCAUGGCACCUGCCAUGCCCCGGGCUCGGCUCCAGCUCGCAUCUACAGGGGCUGCUGUGGCCUUAGCCACCACCGCUGCAGCUGUGGCCACUUGGCGCCUAUGCCACCACCGGCGCGCUGGGGAGCCCCCUGGUGGCUGGGAGGAUUUUCGGUGUGGCCAGAAGAGACCCCCUGGUGGUUUGGAAGACUCCAGGUCUAGCCAGACACCCCCUGGUGGCCAAGAGGUGACCCCUGCUGCCCAGGGGAUGCCCCCCGCUGGCUGGGAGGACUCCAGCGGCAACCAGGAAACACCCCCUGGUGGCCCAGAGGACCCCUUGCCCUCGUGGCCCUCAGAGCGGAAGGGCCCGGCAGCUGUGGAUGCGGUCUUUGGGCGACGUCUGAGGCGCCUCCUGGCACUGGCCCUGUCAGGCCCCCUGAGCCCUGAGGCUGGGCUCCUGGCUCAGCACACGGCUGCUCUGGCCAGCCGCAGCUUCCUCUCGCUCUAUGUUGCCCAACUCGACGGGCGCUUGGCCCGGGCUGUGGUGCGACGCCGUGGCCGCCGCUUUGCCAGCCUCCUCGUGCGGUGGCUGCUCUUAGCCUUGCCAGCUACAGGUGUCAACAGUGCAUUGCGCUAUUUAGAAGGGCGGCUGGCCUUGGGACUACGAGGCCGGUUGGUAGCCCAGGCUUACACCCUCUACUUCCAGGGUCAGGCAUACUACCGGGCUAGCCACAUGGAUGGGCGACUGGCGGCCCCUGAGCAGGCACUGACAGAUGAUGUGGCAGCCUGGGCGGGGGCUGUGGCCCGGCUCUACUCCAACCUGACCAAGCCGGUGCUGGAUGUGGCUGUGAUUAUGGUGGCCUUGCUUGGGGCAGCGCAAGCACGGGGGGUUGGAGCAGCUGGGCCGGCAGCACUGGCUGGUCUGGUGGUGGGAGCCACAGCUUGGUUGCUCCAGGCCUGUGCCCCCGGCUUUGGGGAGCUGGUGGCUGAAGAGGCGAGGCGCUGCGGACAGCUGCGGGGCCUCCACGCUCGCCUGGCUGCCCAUGCUGAAGAGGUUGCCUUCUACGGGGGUCACCAGGUGGAACAGGCAGUGCUGGUGCGGGCCUACACAGCUCUGGCUGGGCAGCUGGAGCAGACGUUGCGGGCUCGGCUAGGCUAUGUGAUGCUGGAGCAGCUGCUGCUCAAGUACGUCUGGAGCAUGGCUGGGCUGCUUAUGGUGGGGCUGCCCCUACUGCGUGGUCCCCCUAUGCCCUUCCACGGCCUUGGCGGGGCAGUGGUGGUGGAUGAGGGGGCAGGUGUUGGGGAGCGAACAGAGGCCUUCACCACUGCCCGGAGCCUCCUGCUGGCAGCUGCUGAUGCUGUGGAGAGAGUACUUUCCUCCUACAAGGAGGUGACGGAAUUGGCUGGAUACACUGCCCGGGUCUACGAGAUGUUCCACAUCUUUGAAGACGUGGCACAAGGCCGGAUACAGCGCCCAGGGGAUGCUGAGGGGGGUGGGGCCGAAGCAAGGACAGAGCUACCCCCUGUCCUCCGCCAUGGGCUGCGCCUCCACGGGCCCCUCCAAAUCCGAGGCCAGGUCGUGGACGUGGAAAACGGCAUCGUGUGUGAGAACAUCCCCAUCAUCACUCCCACUGGGGAGGUGGUGGUGCCUAGCCUGAGCCUGCGGGUAGAGGAGGGCACCCACCUGCUGAUCACAGGCCCCAACGGCUGUGGGAAAAGCUCCCUGUUCCGGGUGCUGGGGGGACUCUGGCCUGUCUACAGUGGUGUCCUCUACAAGCCACCCCCGCACCGCAUGUUCUACAUCCCCCAGCGGCCCUACAUGUCAGUGGGGUCGCUGCGGGACCAGGUGAUCUACCCUGACACUGUGGCUGACCUGGUGCGCAAGGGGCUGUGUGAUGCCGAUCUAGAACAAAUCCUCGACCUAGUCAGCCUCACCUACCUAAUACAACGUGAAGGAGGUAGGGGUGGGGCUAUAAAUUUGGAGGUGGGGAGUGGGUGUAGAAGGAGCAUAGAAAGGGCUUGGGGGCACAGGCCACGGUAUGCGCUGCUGGAUGAGUGCACGAGUGCCGUGAGCAUGGAUGUUGAGGGCCACAUUUUCCAGGCUGCCAAGGAUGCUGGCAUUGCGCUGCUAUCCAUUUCCCACCGACCCUCGCUCUGGCGGUUCCACACUCACAUGCUGCAGUUUGAUGGAGGUGGGGGCUGGCGUCUGGACCCCCUGGAUUCGGCCGCCCACAAGUCAUUGACAGAGGAAAAGCAGCACCUUGAGGCCCAGCUGGCUUCUCUGCCUCGCACCCAGCUCCACCUCCACGACCUGCAGCACCUGCUGGGGGAGGAGGGGGGUAGCCCUAAUCCCCACCAGGACAAUCCUGAGCUCCCAUAAACCCCUGAUUCCUCCAGACCUUUAUAGCCCUCCC